UCUCUUCAUGACAACUUUAAUCACAAACUAUGGAGACAUACGGAUCCAAUGGAAACUCACCAUCUCUCCGACGGCGAAAUUUCCGAUUUAAACUCACGAAACAGCUCUCUACUCGCUGAUCUCGAGACUCUUCGCGCUUCCAACCAAAGCCUAAAAUCGGAGUUGACGCAAAAGGACGAUCUCCUCCGCCAAAUUAAGUUGCAAAAGGACGAUGUUGCCAAGCAAUAUAUCGAUCUUUCAGAGGCAAUCAAGGAGAGACUUGAGAAUGAUUUUCGCUUGAGAGAAAUUGAUUUUCACAAAGAAAUAGAGAGAACUAACACCGAGCUUGAGGUUUCUAGGAAGAGAGUUGAGGAAUUAUUAGAUGAGAAAAGAGAGCAAUCAGAAAUUUGUUCGCGUAAUUUGGAGAUCGUGCGAUCAGCGAAGCAUGGCUUACUGAGAUUGGUUAAGAAUUUCAAUUCACGUAUGUAUAGAACGGGAAGUUCUGAUCAGUUAAAGUGCGAAAAAACAAAACCAUUAAAUGAAGAGAAGGCUGUUUUUUCAGUGGAGCUGAAGAAGGUUCUAGAGCUGGUGAAUUUGGUAGAGGAAAAAUGGGGAGAGUAUGAGGAAAUGAGGAGAAAGGAGAAGAGAGAAUUAGAGAACAGUGUGGCGAGUUUAGCGGAGGAGAAUGGAGAUAUUAAUAGCUUGCUUAGAAUUGCUUUGGUGGAGAAGGAAGCAGCGGAGAAGAGUUUGAACAGAUUAAGGGGAAAUACUGAACAGAAGAGAGCUGCAAUUUUGCAGAUUGCAGAGAGAGGGUUGCAAAAGGUUGGGUUUGGGUUUGGGUUUAUGAUGGGAAGUGCAACCAGUGAAGCAUCUUCAGAUAAUUUGGAUUCUGAUACCAGCGUUAAGUCAGAUAACGAUGAAUGCCAAAUAGAAGCUGUUAGUCUGGCCUCAACUGUAGAAACAAUAACAAAGAAGUUAAGACUUGAAAUCACACAGUUGCAGAGGUCUUUGGAGGAAUCUAGGUCAGGCAUGGGGUCUCUGCAGAUUCUAUCAGACAAACAAAGUCAGAAACUAGCAGAAAAUAUGAUAUACAUUAAAGAGUUGGAAGAUAGAGAAAUGAUGCUUACUCAAAAGGUCGAAGCACUCGUGGUAGAAAAUAAAGACGCUUAUGAAGAAAUCUCUAGAUGGAGAGAAGCUUGUGAAAUGGAAGUGGCAGCUGGAAAGAAAGCUAUUAAGGAGCACGAAGAACUGGUCAAUAUUCUGAAACAAGAAUUAGAAAAGACAAGAGCUGCUUUACGUAUUUCCAAUAGCAAGUUGCAGCUGAAAGAUGAGCUAGUGGCGACAGCCGUCGCUGCUAGGGAGGCAGCUGAGAGUUCUCUCCAACUUGCAGACAGCAGAGCUACUGAGCUACACAAGCAGAUUGAGGAGCUAACAAGACAAUUAGAAGAAGUAGAGAAAAGGGAGCGAAUAAAUCGCCGUAGAGUGAGGCGUUUGUGUUGGCCAUGGCAAGGUCUCAAGUUUAGCACUGCUAAUAAUACAACUGGUGUACGAAACGUGACAAGGAUGCUACCAGAAAUGCAAGCACUACUCCGUUAAUAUUU